GUUACCAGCUGCUGGACUAUUCCAAUCCCUGUCGGAGAGAAUACACGGGGACCGACAGUCAUUCUCUUCCUCCCCGUUUACCUCAUUGUGAUUCUUUUAUUACACCCUGCUUCUAUUUUACCUCUCUUUCAUUCUUUUCCGAAGUGGAUAACUUGUCCUUCUCCCUCCCUUGCUUUCUGCUACGUUUCACGGUUUUUAUAAGCUAUAUAGGUGUAUUUAUUUGUUUUUUAUUAGAAACGAUAUACAUUUAUGUCUUAGAUGUUCCUCAAAUGAGAAGACGCAAAUGAUGGAGUUGCAUAUUUUAGAACACAGCUUGAAAGUAGCGAGUAUAGCAAAAGAGGGCAUUCAGAUUUGCACUCACGGAUUAAUCAAACUCGCCUUCUUGCCCUCUAAAACAAGAUGCAAGUUUUUCAGUUUGACGGAAACUCCGGAGGAUUAUACCAUUAUCGUCGAUGAGGAAGGCUUCAAAGAACUGCCCGAGUCGGAGCACCUUAGUGUCGCCGAGGCCACGUGGUUGGCUCUCAACGUGGUGUCGGGGGGCGGGAGCGCCACCAACUCUCAACCAAUCGGAGUCACCAAAAUAGCGAAGUCUGUCAUUGCCCCCCUGGCAGACCACAACAUUUCUGUGUUUAUGCUGUCUACCUAUCAGACUGACUUUAUCUUGGUUCGAGAGCGGGACCUGCCCAUGGUCAUGCACACCCUGUCUUCUGAGUUCACCCUGCUGAGGGUGAUCAAUGGAGAGACCGUGGCCGCCAACAGCCUGGGAGUCACCAACGGCUUUGUCAAGCCUAAACUCGUGCCCCGUCCCAUCAUCCACCCUCUUUCCAGCCCCAGUAACAUGUUCUGUGUGACCAGCCUGGACCCGGACACACUGCCCUCGGUGGCCACCCUGCUCAUGGACGUCAUGUUCUACUCAGGCGGCAUGAAGGAGCCCGGGGCGUCUAGCGAGGACUCUGGUCACAUCCGCUUCUUCUCCUUCUCUCUGAUUGAGGGCUACAUCUCUCUGGUCAUGGAUGAGCAGACCACACCACGGUUUCCAAACAAUGUCCUCUUCACUAGUGCUUCAGGGGAGCUUUGGAAAAUGGUUCGCAUUGGAGGACAGCCUUUAGGAUUUGACGAGUGCGGUAUUGUGGCUCAAAUAUCGGAACCCCUGGCGACUGCUGACAUUCCAGCUUAUUACAUCAGUACCUUCAAGUUCGACCAUGCCCUGGUCCCAGAAGAAAACAUCCAGAGUGUGAUUGGAGCUUUGAGGACCAAUGAGAGCGCAGGACAGUGAAUGGGAGAUGGGAAGAGACAGUGGAACUAGCGAGCCCUGUGCCCUCACACCCACACGUUGAUUUAUCAUGUCAAACUCAUUUUUUUUAAAGUGCCAAGAGCGUAUCAGUGGACUGCUGUGGGGGGUGACUCUGGGAACAGGGUAAUGUAACGCUUGGGUGGUGUAGAUGGGGUACAGGGGAGGGACAGUGUGCGUGUGUAGGGAUGCUUUUGUUCAGCGAAAAGCAAAGUGCCCCUCCUACGUGCCAACUACGCAACCCUACCCACCACAUCACCCCCUUGACCAUCCACUCUUACCCCAAACAACAUCCACUUCUUUGGGGACCCAAAGCUAGGGUGACUGCAGUGUUUUUUUUGUUUUUUUUCUCGCUCUCCUUUUUCUUUCUCCUCUCCCUCACACCAUUUCACCAUGUCAACGCGGCCUACUAAGUUUGGGCCUAUCUCUUCGACACCAGCCCGGAAUGCUGCGACCCGGCCGUCACCUCCUUUUACUUUGGCACCCACGCGGCCAAUGACAGCCUAUACUGGUGCUUUAGUAUACCACACUUUCCUUCCUAACUUUGCAUUGUUUCUUCCCAUAACAACCAUACUGUAUUAGUUACCAGUCCUCCCCAUAACAACCAUACUGUAUUAGUCACCAGUUCUCCCCAUAACAACCAUACUGUAUUAGUUACCAGUCCUCCCCUUAUGGAAAGAGAAUGUUCUCUACAAACAAUUAUCAAGAUUUCCAUUAUUCUUAUUAUUUAUUUUUCUCAGUGCCAAGUCGUUUUAAAGACCAAUGCCUUGUCAAACGCUCAGUGUGUUUGCACUUGAAGGUGACAUUUCUGAGUUGUCGUUGGUAAUGACACGACAUAGUGUGGUUUUGUUUUUACAAGUUAUUGAAUAAGCUUUUAAUGUCAAGUCCUGAUGAAAUUCUCAUUAUGGAAACUCUUCUUAAAGUAAUCAAUUUCGGGGCUAGAGUUCUCAUUGAAAUGCCAUUUAGCUGAAGGCUAGCAAAUAGAUUGCAGGGACUGAGGCAAGAUGUAUGUCAAUGGUCCUAAACUCUGGUGACCUGGAAAGCAGAUCAGAUUUGUCAGAUGGGAAAAUGAAAGAUUCUGGUGUUGAGUGUUUAAAUUACAUUUACUGACAAAUCACAGAGCCACUUAUGUAGGACAUAUCAUAUAAACAACAUUCUAGUUGGCUAUAUAUAAGCCAGUUUUCAUGUAGUAUCGGUCAUUUUGGGAGAAGUAGGUUAUCGUUUUGCAUCAAGUGCCACACCAUGCCUGACACUAAACCAGCCCUUUACCACAAACUAGUAGAAUAAGGAAAAGUGGUGGGGAAAUGUUGGUUGGGUUGUGGAUCAUUGAACCAGCCCUGCAACCCUGGUCAGGUUAGGCCUUCAGCUCACCUCCCUACCCCUCCCUCUUACCUCGCCCCCUGCAUCCCCUCACCCCAGUCUGCACUUUAAUACAGGUCCAUCCUGCUGUACUGAUGUGAAAACGGGGAAGACUUUUACCCUUGAAGGAUUCUCUUGAGAAGGUGAGACUAUAUUGGUCUUAAUGCAUUGGUGUUUGUUUUUUUUGUCCGCACCAAGAAAAAGCUUGCUUCGUCAGAUAGCUUUGAUUAGCAGAAACCAUGUAGCUAUUAAUCAGUGUUAAAAACAUUAAGGGUGAUAUAAAAAAUAAAUAAAAAAUGCUUUUUUCA